AUGAUUGAAGAGCCUUUAAAAGAAGGAUUUCCAUCAGAUAAAGAAUUCCAUGGUCCUGCACCUGGAGAUCAAACUCAACAUGCAUUUCGUCCUAAAGUGGACCCCAGCGAAACUAGUUUGUUAUUGUUUCCUGGCCAGGGAAGUCAAUUUGUUGGAAUGGGCAAACAGUUGUUAGAGUAUCAAGGUGCUCAGGAGAUCUAUGAAGCAGCUAAUGAAAUAUUGGGUUAUAACCUGCUAGAUCUAUGUCUCAAUGGACCUAAAACAGAGCUAGAUAAAACUGUAUUUUGUCAACCAGCUGUGUUUGUUACUUCUAUUGCUGCAACUCAGAAGUUACAAGAACUAUAUCCAGAUGUCCUGAAUACAUGUAUUGGAAGUGCUGGUUUUAGUGUUGGGGAAUAUGCAGCUUUAGUUUACAGUGGUGUUCUACCUUUUGAAGAUGCAUUAAAGAUUGUUAAGUUACGUGCUGAAGAGAUGCAGAAAGCCUCUGAGGUGGUACACAGUGGUAUGAUGACGGUCUUUCUAAAGAAUGAAUCGAAGUUAAAACAAGCUAUGUAUGCAGCCAGGAAAUAUUGUGAAGAAAAAUUAGAAAUUGAGGACCCUGUUUGUGGGGUGGCUAAUUAUAUAUCAUUUGAUUGUAAAGUGAUAGCAGGCAAUAUAGAGGCCCUGAAAUUCAUACAGGAUAACAAGAACCUAUUUGAAAUAAAGAGAACUAUAAUGGUACCAGUAAGUGGAGCCUUUCACACACCUUUAAUGCAAUCAGCUCGCCAGUCUGUUGUAAAAGCUUUAAAAAAGACAGAAUUUUCUAAACCUUUAUUUCGCGUACAUAGUAAUGUGACGGCUAAAAAUUAUAAACGUUCAAAAGACAUCAUUGAUCUCCUUGGUAAACAGAUUAUCAAACCUGUAAAGUGGGAACAAACAUUACAUGUAUUAUAUGCUCGCAAAGCAGGUGAAAAUUUCCCUCAAACUUAUGAAGUUGGACCUGGUAAUCAACUAGGAACUAUGCUAAAGAUGGUGAAUUUCCAAGCAUAUAAAAAUUAUACCAAUAUACCUGUUUGA